AUGACCAUUCAUCCUGCCCCAAAGGAGUGGAUUGUCCAGAAAUACGGUGGCACCAGCCUUGGAAAACUUCUGGACAAGGUUUGUGGGGCGAUUAUUCCUGCCUAUCUUGAAAACUACAAUGUCGCCGUCAUCUGCUCCGCAUUAUCCGGCACCACCAAGGCCAACGGCACGACAAGUUUGCUACUCGAGUGUCUUCGAUAUGCAGAGGUAGUCGGCGUGGAAUCAAUCAGCCAUAUAAAUGCGAUGAUUGAUAAAGUUCGCGAUGCCCAUCUGGAUAAAUUGCAGACACUCCGGGCCUAUUCCAGUGACACAAAUGACUUGCUGCUAAGUGAGAGCAUAGUAAAUAUGGUCAGCGACUGCGAAGAAGUUCGUAAAUUUCUUCUUGCGGCACAGGGAGGCAUUCCUGCUCGAGUCAUCAACCUCGACAACAUUGUUGCAGAAGAGUUUGGUGGAUCUCUGCCAAAUCAAACAGCUGAAUUUGAACGCCUCGGAGUACGAUUCUAUCAUAGACUCGGGCAGAGGAUUGCGUCAAUGGUAUCCAGAUCUACAGAUGCGGUGCCUAUCAUCACUGGCUUUUUUGGUGUCAUGCCUAAUUCACUCCUCCAGUGUGUUGGUCGGGGGUAUUCUGACCUCUGUGGUGCAAUGUGUGCGGCAGGUCUGGCUGCCGCAGAAUACCAGAUUUGGAAGGAAGUCGACGGAAUAUUUACUGCGGAUCCCUCAAAAGUGCCAUCAGCACGAGUGCUGACGACUGUUACUGCGGAAGAGGUUUCAGAACUGACCUUUUUUGGUAGUGAGGUGAUCCAUCCUCUAACCAUGCAACAGCUAUACGAGUCGGAGAUUGUCUUACAAUUAAAAAACGUACUGAAUCCCUGCGGGUCGGGGACCGUUAUCUAUCCAUCCGGUCCAGAGGCAGACCACCAGCCAACGAAGACAGUGCAGGGGAAGUCGACAGAUGUGGGUUUUAUGCUUUCCAACGGAUACCAUGGGCAGUCUCGGAGCAGACGAUGCCCAACCGCUAUCACCAGCAAAGAAGGCCUCAUUCUCGUCAACGUUACAGGUAGCCGGGCCAUAAAGACGCAGGGGUUCUUGGCUUCUGUCUUUUUAGAGCUUGAACGGACUGGCCUUCUUCCGGAUUUGGUCACCACAAGUGAGCGAAACGUCAGCCUUGCGAUACAGGCAUCGAAUGGCAUUUUCAACCGCAAUAGACUAGUACUGAAUUUGCAGAAAUUUGGAUGUGUUUCGAUAUUGGAAAACAUGAACAUCGUUUCUGUUAUUGGCCAGCAAAUGCGCAAUAUGGUCGGAACUGCAAUUGUCAAGGCUGACGACGCCAUACAGGCAAUGAAUGUCAUUCAUGCGCGGGCACUACAGGUUCCAACUCAUCUCGAACAGGAGAAUACCUUCAUUAAAGGUGAGACUUUAUUUUCCACGUCGUAUUGA